GCAGUGUGACAGGUGUCUCUCAGGAGCCUACGACUUCCCCUACUGCCGAGGGUUAUUGCCAGUGCAAGCUCCAUGUCGCAAGUCCUACGUGCAGUCUCUGCAAACCUUUAUACUGGAAUCUGGCCAAAGAAAACCCCAGCGGAUGCUCAGAAUGCCAGUGCCACGAGGCAGGGACAGUGAGUGGAAUUGGAGAGUGUGGGCAGGGAGACGGCGACUGCAGCUGCAAAGCUCACGUGACUGGCGAUGCCUGCGACGCCUGCGGAGACGGAUACUUUGCUCUGGAGAAGAGCAAUUACUUCGGCUGUCAAGGGUGUCAGUGUGACGUUGGUGGGUCACUCACCACCAUGUGUAGUGGGCCCUCAGGAGAAUGCCAGUGCCGGGAGCACAUUGUGGGAAAAGAGUGCCGGAGGCCCGAAAAGAACUACUAUUUCCCGGAUUUGCAUCACAUGAAGCAUGAGGUUGAGGAUGGCACUGGACCUGAUGGAAGAGACUUGCGGUUUGGAUUUGAUCCCAUGGUAUUUCCUGAGUUUAGCUGGAGAGGAUAUGCUCCGAUGAGCUCGGUACAGGUAUGUAGCCAGAGGGCCACAGCUCACUGCAGGGGACCCCUGUGUGUGCCCACAACAUCCUCACAGGCCCAAAAGCUACACUGCCCCAGACCUGUUCCAGGAUUCAUUUCUCCAGGGUUGGCUUGA